UGUGUUUUCUUUCCGUCCCGUUUCGGAUCGUGUCUGCUACUUUUGAGAUUUUAACCUGUACACGCUUGUGUAUGGGUAUUUUUUUUUUCCUAAUUUAUAAAUGUUCAAGACAUGGCUAUUACCAGAUAUUUAAAUAAAAAAUCUAAUGGGAUAAUUUUUAUAUCUUAUGCUGUUUUUAGUUUGAUAUUUCCAAUAUUAUUUAUUUCUGUUAGUUCAUCUUGAUGUUGUAUUACACUUAUAACAAGCAGGUGAAAUCGAAAAUAGCAACUUUUAAAAUGUAAAAUUUUAUUUUGCCUUAAAUAUUCUUAUCUAUAAAGGAAUGCAUCAAUCUAUACAAGACUGGAGGCAAGCUGUUCGCAUGCCAACAGCAUAUAGAGUAGGAAAUUCAACACUCAGAAUUCAAACCCAGUUUAUAGUUGGUGUAGCUAUAGUCGGUGUUUCUUUUUUAAUUCUUCUAUAUGCUUUGUUGCCAUAUACCAGAAAUCGACAAUUGGUUAGUGAUUUAUAUCGUCAUGAUGAACAUGGACAUCAACAUAGUGCAGAAAUUAAAAAAUAUCCAUGGGUAUAUAAUUCAACUUAUCCAUUAACACGCCCUAUAACAACUCCAAAGGGUAUAAAAUACCGAAUAGCUGUGAUAUCAGACUUGGAUGUUGAUUCCAAGGACAAACAGAAAAACUAUACCUGGUUUAGUUACCUAAAGAAAGGCUUUUUAACCAUAGAUGUAAUAAAAAAAUAUGUUAAUAUUGAAUGGGACCCUGACCUUGUUGUGUUGAGGUCAACUUUGUCACAAGGAGGCCGUGGAAUGGAACUUUCAGAACUGGUUGUAUUUAAUGGGAAACUUCUUGCAUUUGAUGAUCGAACUGGUGUUAUCUAUGAAAUCAGUGAUAAUUCAGCAAUACCAUGGAUUUUACUUACUGAUGGAAAUGGAAAAACUGCAAAAGGAUUUAAAUGUGAAUGGGCUACUGUGAAAAAUCAACAUCUUUAUAUAGGUGGAUUAGGCAAAGAAUGGACAUCAUCCACUGGAAAAUUACUCAAUUUCAAUCCCCAAUGGAUCAAAGUUGUUACUCCUUUAGGUCAAGUAGAACACAAAGACUGGAGACAAAACUAUAUUGCACUUCGAAGAACUGCCAAAAUUGAAUUUCCUGGCUACAUGAUUCAUGAAGCAGCUGUAUGGAGUGAUGUACAUCAAGAAUGGUUUUUCUUACCUAGAAGAGCUAGUUAUCUCACAUAUAAUGAUAAAGAUGAUGAAAAGAAAGGAACCAAUAUGCUCAUAAAAGCCAGUGAAGAUUUUUCACGAAUAAGUUUAUCAAAUGUUGGUCCUUUAGUACCCACACAUGGUUUUUCCUCUUUUAAAUUUGUGCCUGAUACUUCAGAUUCUAUCAUUGUUGCAUUAAAAACAGAGGAAAAUGAAGGCCAUAUAGCAAGUUUUAUUACAGUUUUCACAAUUGCCGGUGAAAUCUGGAUGCCAGAAACAGAAAUAGGUUCUUAUAAAUUUGAAGGAAUUGAAUUUGUUUAAAAUAUUAGGGAAGAAAUUGUAAAACAUAUUUUGCAUUUCUUUUCCUUUGUAAUUUUACUUGUGCAAAUAUCUGUAUAUAAUAGAAUAAAUUAAUUUAUAUUUA